UAUUUAAUCGGCUAGAGGAAUGCUGUUAGUUAUUCCUGGUGUGGUCUGGUCACCAGAACAUUUUCAGUGGUUUACUCUGCUUGUUUUAUGUUCAUGUUAAUAAUAGGCAGAUUUACAAAGAACACGUGAGUGUGUAAGCUGAUACUCAAAAUGAUUAGGGUAGGUCUACCCAAGGCUUGUGCAGUUGUGUGCAUUGUCAUUGCUUUGGUCGGCGUUUUGCCCACGUGCAUUGGAUCUGUCGAAGUGUCGAAGACUUCGUCUAACUCUACCGUAGGCCUACUGUUGCCAAAUGAAGCGACUGGAGAAGAGAAUGGUUCCGAGGAUGAGGUUAGCAGCUACAGACACCCACGGAGUGCCAGCUCUGUAGAAUAUGCGAAACGCGAGGCCGCUUUCAAGAACUAUAUGUUGAGGACUCAGUCAAGCGAGGCCGUUCCAGAGGACCCUGAAGUUCUGUGCGGAAAGAACUCAAUCAAUGUGAGAAUUCGGUCCGACGAUGCCGAAAACCUCCACGUCUAUGCACCGAAUGGCUCACCACUCACCCUAAAGGAACUGCCUGUCUACUGUAACAUCAUUUCUAAGACGUUGAACAGGGACGUUGUCUUGGUAUCUCUCAUUGAUGGGUGUUUUGUCAAACCGCAGGGUUCUGCAUAUGUUCUUAACCUGAUGUGGUUUGGAAGACCUAUACAGGUGACCUGUCCUAGAGAAGAACCACCACUGAUUAUCUGUAAAACACACUCAAUGGAAGUUUUGUUUUGUGGGGAAGAACUUGAUAAAACGCUUUCAAUAAAUGUGAAAGGCAGAUGGAUUCCCCUGCAGUAUGCGCUAGCCCUGUGCCAGUUCGAACUUGACACCACUCCAAAGAUGCUAUCUUUUUCAACGCCGUACAUUGGUUGUGGCAUGACCCAUGAGAAUGGCUUCCACAACCUGAGCAUCAGGUCAGAGGAGAUGAACAUGAGUCUGUCCUGCGCAGACAAUGGGUAUGCAGAUCCUCUCUCAAAAAUACCCACGAUUCCUGAGCAACUAACUUCCCAGUUACCAAAACAGCCUCAAGUUCAGAGGGGCCCCCAAUCUGUUGAGCAGUUCCAUCAGCAAGUUCCUCAGCAGGUGCCCCAGCCGUCCCAGGUUCAGCAGUUGCCCCAGUACACCCAGGUUCUUCAAGAGAUCUUCCAGGAGCAGUCUGAAGUCCAAAAAAUUCCACAGCAAGUCCCCCAGCAGCCCCAGGUUCAGCAGGGCCAUCAGGAGAUCUUGCAACAGCAGUCUGAAGUGCAGGAAGUUCCAAAGCAGGUUCCCCAGAAGCCUCAGGUUCAGCAGUGGCCCCAGCAGCCCCAGGUUCAGCAGUGGCCCCAGCCGUCCCUGGUUCAGCAGUUGCCCCAGCAGCCCCUGGUUCAGCAGUUGCCCCAGCAGCCUCAGGUUCAGCAGUUGCCCCAGCAGCCUCAGGUUCAGCAGUUGCCCCAGCAGCCUCAGGUUCAGCAGUUGCCCCAGCAGCCUCAGGCUCAGCAGGUGCCCAAGCAGACCCAGGCUCAGCAGGUGCCCCAGCAGAUCUUGCAGCAGCAGUCUGAAGUCCAGCAAGUUCCACAGCAGGUCCCUCAGCAGAGCCAGGUUCAGCAGGUCUCCCAACGUAACCAGUUUCAGCAGGGCCUUCAGGAGAUUGAUGUGAAGAAGCACCAAAUCAUGCAAGCUUCACAAUUACACAGACCAGCACUACAGCACUUUUUUAAGCCUCAAGUUCAGCGUGUCCCCCAGUCUAUUCAGGAGUUACACCAGGAGGUCAUUCAGCAGUUGCCCCAGCAGUCUCAGGUUCAGCAGUUGCCCCAGCAGCCCCAGGUUCAGCAGUUGCCCCAGCAGCCCCAGGUUCAGCAGGUGCCCCAGCAGCCCCAGGUUCAGCAGGUGCCCCAGCAGCCCCAGGUUCAGCAGGUGCCCCAGCAGCCCCAGGUUCAGCAGGUGCCCCAGCCGCCCCAGGUUCAGCAGGGUGACCCCCCAGCCCCAGCCCAGGUUCAGCAGGUGCCCCAGCAGCCCCAGGGUUUCACCAGGUGGCCCCAGUUGCCCCAGCCCAGGUUCAGCAGUGGCCCCAGCCAGGUGCCCCAGGUUCAGCAGGUGCCCCAGGUCAGGUUCAGUGCCCCAGCAGCCCCAGGUCAGCAGUUGCCCCAGCAGCCCCAGGUUCAGCAGGUGCCCCAGCAGCCCCAGCCGCCCCAGGCUCAGCAGUUGCCCCAGCCGCCCCAGGCUCAGCAGUUGCCCCAGCCGCCCCAGGCUCAGCAGGUGCCCCAGCCGACCCAGGCUCAGCAGGUGCCCCAGCAGAUCUUGCAGCAGCAGUCUGAAGUCCAGCAAGUUCCACAGCAGGUCCCUCAGCAGAGCCAGGUUCAGCAGGUCUCCCAACGUAACCAGUUUCAGCAGGGCCUUCAGGAGAUUGGCAUUCAGCAGUUACCCCAGGAGGUCAUUCAGCAGUUGCCCCAGCAGCCCCAGGUUCAGCAGUUGCCCCAGCAGCCCCAGGUUCAGCAGUUGCCCCAGCAGCCCCAGGUUCAGCAGUUGCCCCAGCAGCCCCAGGUUCAGCAGGUGCCCCAGCAGCCCCAGGUUCAGCAGGUGCCCCAGCAGCCCCAGGUUCAGCAGGUGCCCCAGCAGCCCCAGGUUCAGCAGGUGCCCCAGCAGCCCCAGGUUCAGCAGUUGCCCCAGCAGCCCCAGGUUCAGCAGUUGCCCCAGCAGCCCCAGGUUCAGCAGUUGCCCCAGCAGUCCCAGGUUCAGCAGGAGAUCGGGAUGGGACCCUUAAGAUCCACCACUCCGCCUAUUGAUCUAAUGGGAGCUCAGCAGCAGAAGUUUCCAGAACGCAGUCUUCCUCAGGCUCACCCCUCCUCUCCCAAGCUUUCAGAGGCUCAUAUUGAAUACAAUCUGAACAUGCACCACAGGAUCCCCAUAGUCAGCAGAUGCCCCAGCAUCAACCUCAAGUUCAAGAGGUCCCCCAAGCUGAAGCCCUGA